CCACUUUUGCUCUCCCUUUUCCUUGCCCUAUAAAUAUGCAACAAGAAGAACCACACCUUCUUCAAAGACCCAAACAAUCAUAAACACAAAUAAACACCAAGCAUGGGAAGGACAUUGCAAUACAUCUCAUGGAUUUUAUUAGGAAGUGGACACAAGCACAAGAAGAAGAAACAAAUCAACACAGUUGAGCUCAAAGUUAGAAUGGAUUGUGAUGGUUGUGAACUCAAAGUCAAGAAUGCCCUCUCCAACAUGAAAGGAGUUAAAUCAGUGGAGGUUAACAGGAAGCAAAACAAGGUGACUGUGGUGGGUUUUGUGGAGCAAAAUAAGGUGCUAAAGAAGGUGAUUUCAACAGGGAAGAAGGCUGAGAUAUGGCCUUAUGUGCCUUAUAACUUGGUUGCAUAUCCUUACAUUGCACCCACUUAUGACAAGAGAGCUCCUCCUGGUUAUGUUAGGAAUGCUGAGGUUAUUACUGCUUUUAGUCAAGUUAAUAGACAAGAGGAUCAGUUCAUGCAUUUGUUUAGUGAUGAUAAUCCUAAUUCUUGCUCAGUUAUGUGAUCAGAAGAUAAACAUGUAUACAUAUAUAUAAUUUUUGCGCC